AUGGCAGGAGGAAGAAAGAGGAAAAACGAGGUUAAGAAACCAAAUCCUAUUGCAAGAUCAACUGCAGCAAUUUUUCAAGAUAUAAAUAAUUUAGAUGAAUUAGAACCAAACCCACAACCAAAAACUGAAAUUGAAAUUAACCAGGAAUCCAAUGAUGAACCAACAGGUAAUCCUGAAGAUGAUAUUGCCAAUGCUAGUUUCCCAUUCAACUAUUUGUAUCGAGUACAAGAUCAUUUAAAUGAGAAUAUGUCAGUAGUACAUGGUGUUCAAUGUUUGGUUUGUUUAUUUUUCAUUCAAAUGGUAUAUUUAGAUAGAGUUAAGAUUAUUAAUUAUUCUAAAGAUGAACAUUUACCUAUGCAAAUAAUUGCUGUUAUUUUUUUCAAUUGGGUAGGAGUAUUUCUUUGUACUGUUUUAGGGAUUGUUAAGAAUAAGAAUAAAAAUAAAAAUGAAGGAAACAAAAUGAUUACAGAUUUCAAUUAUAUUUAUAGUUUAUUACUCCCGGCAUUAUUAAAUAUUUUACAUUUUAAUAAAGAUUGGCUUUUAGUUAAUCUUUCAUUAAAUUAUUUUAUUAUUGAUUCAAUGAAUCCUAUUUUCAAUUUAUUUUCAUGUUUAGGAUUUUAUGAAGUUUAUAAAGAUGAAGAAACUACUUUGAUUUCAACAUUUCAAUUUGGUCAAUAUGCAACAAUCUUUUUGGUAUUCCAAUAUAUAUUAAAUUAUAUAAAUACUGAAGAAAUUGAUGAUGAAGAUAACAACAUUAUUAAAUCAAGAAUAACUUUGAAAAAACUGGAAAUUCAUUUGAUCAUAUUAUUACUUAUUAAUAUCUUGUUCAAUCCGGCAUUUACAAAUGGAGAUGUUUUACCCAUGAAAAUAUUCCAAAAACUUAUUAUUAGUUUUAUUAUUUCAAGUUUUUUCACAUUCCCAAUUGUUAGUUUCACUCCAGGAAUUCUUAUUAUUUUAAUUUUUGGUGGGAUUUUUUAUGGAUUUACAAUCUUUCAAUUAACCCCGAUUUUGAAUGAUAACGCUCUAAAUUGGUUAUAUAAUUAUGUUAUAAAAGAUGAAACAAGAAUUUACAUUCUUUCAAUAUGGGUGAUCAUGUCCAUGACUAUUAUUCCAAUUGUAUUUUAUUUUGCCAAUUAUUUGAAACUUAAUACUAGAAGAAAGAUUUGGCAUGGUUUAAUGGUAAUUGCAUUAUGUUUCACCCUGGAAAUAUUAUUUGAUCAAAUUGAAUUUACAUUAAUAAGUUUAUUAGGAACAUUAAUUGUUUUCAUGGUGGUAGAAAGUGUUAGAUACAAUAGAAUUUCUUAUAUUGGAGAAUUCUUACACAAGACUUUAACUGUUUUCCAAGAUGCAAAAGAUUUACAAGGACCUUUAAAUUUGUCUUACAUUUAUUUAUUAGUUGGGGUUACUAUUCCUAUAGUCUAUGAUUAUUUGAUCAAUAAAGAUACUGUCACUAUUAUCCGAUACAGUGGAUUGAUCACUUUAGGUAUUGGUGAUACUUUUGCUUCAGUUAUUGGUAAACGUUUUGGUACUUUUAAAUGGAAGGGAAGUAAUAAAUCAAUACAAGGAACAAUUGCUUUUAUUGUAAGUGUAUUUCUUUGUAUUUAUGGAGUUGAUUAUUAUUUGACCCAUAAUAAUACAAAUUAUCAUCCAAUUAAAAAUUGGGAAAAUGCUUUUGUCACUAUACUUUUAGCAGGAUUCUUGGAAGGAACAUGUGAUAUUAAUGACAACUAUCUUAUUCCAAUAUUUUUCCCCAUUUCCUAUCAAUUGUUAAACAAAAGCUACAAAUAA